AUGAGCACUACUGCUCACGUCGAGAGCGCUGCCUCGAUCAGUAGCAAGCCAACCGCUCGGAGUCGAAGACCAGCUCACAUGUCCCAUGCUCCCACGCCCUCGACGCUGCCUUCCCUAGCUACCAGUGUACCGACGGACUUGUUGCUCGCUCUUCUGCUGGACAAGACGCUUCUCGCUUCAUCCGCCCUCUUGGCUCGGCAUUGGUUGCUCAAACAGCAUUCUGAGUCGACGCACGAACCGCUGGCCAUGCCGAGCGGCUUCAACCCGGAGGGAGGUGCAGUGGACGGGGAAUCCAUCUUUGCAAGCACACGACAAGCGGCUGCUUCCGUGCAGGGUGCAGGUGGACCUUGGGCAAUAGCUGCUAUCGUUUUCGUCAUAGCCGCGAUCGGGCAAGCUUCGUGGUUCAGAGUGUGGCAGUGGGUUCCUGCGCUUAGAAGAAGCGAUCCACAUAUGCUCGUGCUGCCCAAAAGGCUGGGCAUACUGGCUGCAGUCCUCUUUGCUCAGCUCUUCGUCUGGCUGGUGGCCUUGCAGCGUCUAAGCGCAACUACGUGAGUCUGGCCUAUAAUGGCACAUCGACAUACGCAGCCGUCACUGACCGGCAAGAAAUGUCCAUCAUUGCUUGCAAGCGUCAUCAUCUUCACUCAAUUCUGUGAGAUAUGGGCAGGAGAUUUCGCCAGGUCUAUCAAAUCCAAGGUGGGUAAGAGCCGAGGAAGGGCUCUAUGCGUGUAGGUUUCUGGGGUAGCUCACCCUUCCAAUAUGCCUACGUCCUCAGUCCUACGGAAGCUACGCCGUGCUCGGAGCUCUCGUUGUGUCGUUCUUGAUCAACAUUCUCUCCGUCUCGCCGGAGACCCGGAUUAUGCACGCACUGCAGGGCAACAAGAGCUCCCUCUUUGGCGGCUUCGAAGAUGACUUUUCCGACUUGCCUCCAUCUUUGAGGCACACUCGGCCAGUGGGCUUGGCUAGUCCCAGUGCUCUCAGAGCAGCCAGCGCCCAGGCGGAAGCGGAUGCAAUGCAGUACAGUCCCACUGCAGUGCUCGUGGGACACGCAGCGCUAGCUGUCUAUGCUGCAAUGACUCUAGAAAAGGAAAGGGCGGCUCAUUCGGCCAGCGCCGAAGCUGGGGGUCGAAGGAGGGCGAGCGUCCUGGCUUGUGUGCUUGCUGCUGCGGUGCUGCUCCCACUAGGCUUGUUCGGCAGGCUCAUUGUGAGUACAUGUAUGCCCAAGGCUAGCUAUCAGCGGAUCAUGCAGCGAACUUGUCUGAUUGAUUCAAAUUUCGAUUCAGGGCCUUCCACUCCUUCCUACCCUCUCAUCGCUCUCGCCUUCAUUCCACACCUCGCCAACGUCGCUGCAUGGCUCGCCUGUCACAGGGCACUUUGCAGCUUAUGCACUACUCGCCCUUGGUCCACUCAUCUUGGAUCCGCUGGUCGGAGCCGCGCUGGAACCGCACUCCAAUGCAGCCGCUCGGGUGGCUCAAGGCUGGCCGCUGGCAGUGGGAGCAGUCAUGGCAGUCGGCAGAGUUGGCUUUGGUUUGUCCAUCGGAGUGGGGAAUGUCCUCGUGGCGUCAUGCGUCGGAUGGGGUGAGUUGGACGCUGCUGAGAUCACAAGGCCCAGUCCUUGCAAUCCAGCUGACCCCUUUGUGUCACUUUGUCUCAGGGAUGCGAUCAAUACUUCGUACCUCGCCCGUGUAUGCGGAUGAAGGCGCGGCUUCUGCGUCAAUGCCAAACGCAGAUCGCUCCUCGCUUGGAAAGCACAAGCGCACGGGUUCUGAUGCGUUUGCAUUAUCAGAGCUAGGUGCAUCAGCACAAGCUUUCCUGGCUACAGCGCAGCACACGAUCUCCGUCAUUUACGCAGCUGAAGACUCGAGAAAGAUCUUCCAAUUCCUCUUGCUCAAUUUGGCCUUUAUGGGUGUCCAGCUUCUGUGGGGAGUCUGGACGAACAGCCUUGGUCUAAUAUCCGACGCCAUACACAUGUUCUUCGAUUGCGCUGCCAUCGGCAUGGGACUCUUCGCUGCUGUUAUGGCAUCCUGGAAGACGGACGCUACCUUCACCUUCGGCUACUCUCGCGUAGAGACAUUGAGCGGCUUUGCCAAUGGCAUCUUUCUCAUCCUGAUCUCGGUGUUCAUCGUCUUCGAAGCGAUUCAGAGAAUCAUGCACCCACCAGAGAUGCACAACACUUUGCAACUUCUCAUCGUCUCUGGCAUGGGUCUGGGCGUCAACUUGUUUGGCAUGUUUGCCAUGGGCGGUGAGUGUGCUGCACGUCAUUAGACGCACGCUCGUUGCUGUCGCGGAUCAUACGACUAACCCGCUGCGUUGGUCAUCAGGUCAUCAUCACCAUCAUCAUGGUCACUCCCAUGGGCACUCUCAUGGUCACCACAACCACAGCCAUUCGCACGACGACCACUCUCACUCUCAUGAUGUGAGUCGGUGAUAAGAGGCUUCGAUCGAGAAGCGCAUUGCGCUGAUCAAAACUUGACCUUCGCUUGCAAAGCAUUCGCACGACCACGGUCAUGGACACGGACACUCUCAUCAUGAUCACGGCCAUGGACACGGACACUCCCACAAGUACGUGACACGGCUAACGAAUGUCUUUGCUGGUUUCAUGUUGCUAACCGAUGUCUUGCAAAUCGGCCCUGCUGAUAGCAUGAUGGGUGUCUACUUGCAUAUUGUGGCAGACACGAUGGGCAGUGUCGGUGUUAUUAUCAGCACGCUGCUCAUCGAGUGGUUCGGAUGGACUGGCUUCGAUCCGAUCGCAUCCCUCUUCAUUGCCUUUCUUAUUACGGCUUCUGUCAUUCCUUUGGUGGUUGAUGCCGGUCGCAUUCUUUGCCUCGUGCUCCCAGACGAACAAGAACAUGACGUGGUCAAUGCCUUGCAAGAGGUGAGCGUUCGAUCGUCUCAACAGUACGAUAGGCGAAGCCACUUAUACCUCGCCAAUCUUUGUCAGCUGCAACAUGUUGAGGGGCUGGAGUCCUUCUCACAGCCGCGCUUCUGGCCUAAAGAUGCCGAGAAGCUCGUUGGAUCCAUCGUGAGUCUGGCAUCUCGUUUCCAGUAUUCCGGCUUCUGCGGCGAGCUGACUCUCAGGUCAUACAAACCGCAGCGUCUGCAACUCAGCACGGCCGCGCCGUCUGUUCAAGCAUUUACGGAAGGCGACACCUCUCCCAAAAUGAACGGUGCGGGCGAACCGCAUGCAGAAUGGCCGCCCGUCGUCUCACCAGAGGCUCUAGCAGCGCGAGUCGAAUCCAUCCUAAGGAAGCGCUUGCCUGCUUUGGACACUUUGACCAUACAACUCGAGCGCGCCGCACCGCUCAGCGCGAGCGCAAGCGGCGCAUCAAUGUCCCUUUCGAGGUCCACAAGCUCCGUCAGGUAG